UACUAUAUAUAUUUUUGUUGGGGACGGUGUGGGAGCUGUACAGAAAGAGACUUCUGCUUACGCUCCCUCCUUCCUUCCUUUUCUCCUCCUUAUCUUUCUUCGUCGUCUUCCUCUUUCAGAAAGGGAAAAAAACAAAGGCCAGAAAAAAGAAGAGAAAUGGGGAAUUGCCAGGCCAUAGAUGCAGCAGCCCUGGUUAUACAACACCCAAGUGGGAAGAUAGAGAGGCUGUAUUGGCCGGUGAGCGUGAGCGAGGUGAUGAAAACGAAUCCGGGCCACUAUGUUUCUUUGAUCAUCCCAUUGCCUGCGUCCGAGGAUGAUCAGGAUCAGGAUAAGACCAAGACCGUGCGGUUCACCCGCGUUAAGCUUCUCCGGCCGACUGAUACUCUUGCUCUUGGUCAUGCUUAUCGGCUGGUCACUACUCAAGAGGUUAUGAAGGUGUUGCGGGCAAAAAAGUUUGCCAAAACGAAGCAGAGGCAGGAGGUGGAAUCAGCUGAGAUGUCACAGACAGUGUCAGAGAAGCAGACUCCAGGCUUUGAGGCAGAAGGGAAGUCAGAUAAGGAGAAGAAAUACCAGGUGAUGAGACAUGAAAGACAGAGAGUAAGGACACCAUCAAUGAGCUCUGCUGUAAUGAGGUCAAAGUCUUGGCGCCCCUCACUUCUGAGCAUCUCUGAGGCUGGAAGCUGACUGCUAUUUUCAACACCUUCAUACCCGAUUUUCUACAUAGAUGGAUUCCCAAGAUGGGCAAAAAGAUUCAUUAAAUCCAUGGAGGCACCAAGAUUUCUGAUUCAUCUUCAACCACAGCUCCAGAUUUUCAUACCAUUUUCUAGUUGUAGAACAUCAUUGUGGAUUCCAAAAGAAGCGGUGAAUCUUACUGUAAUAUUGGAAGUAAUAUUUUCUGAUAUAUAUAUGGUCUUGGCUCCA